UUCAUUAAAGAGAAUAUUACAAAAUGUCAUUAACAUCGCGAUUAUUUUUACAAUAUUUAUGUCGAUCAAAAUGGCAAAGACGAUAUAAUACUUUGGCUAAUGUAUCACCAAAAGAUAUACAAAAUGACACUGUUUCGAUUCAAAAUGAACCAUUUCAAACGUUCCGUACAAUAGAAUCCAAUCCAAUAAAUCAUAAUGAACAACAUUUGAAUAGAUUAUAUACAAUACCAGACAAUAUUGUUCAAACAUUUUAUAAAAUUAAUGGAAUUCCUGCUAACUAUUUAAGGUUAGCUAAUACUUUCAAUGAAUGUUCAUUAUUAGUUAGAAAUCCUACGAUAGAAAUACUAUCAUAUUUAGAACAGGCUGAUUAUAGUAGGCCUAUAAACAAAUAUCUAUUAUAUGGAAAAUAUGGUACAGGAAAAUCAUUAGCGAUAACGCAUAUAUUACAUUAUGCUUUUAUGAAAGAGAUGAUCAUAGUUCACGUGCCUACACCUACCCAUUGGUUUAAAAAUCCAAAAGAAAUAGCUAAUUCGACGACAAUGCCAGGUAUUAUAGAUUUACCGGUUGAUGCAGGAAAAUGGUUAUUAUAUUUUAAAAGUCAAAAUGAAAAACUUUUAUCAAAACUUGAUCUCAGAAUAUCGAAAGAUUAUCAAUGGAAUAUAAGAGAAUUAUCACCAAAGGGUACUCCCUUGUUAGAAAUAAUUGACUUUGGUAUUAACAGAGUAAGAUAUGCAACAGGUGUAAUAGAUGCAUUAUGUACCGAAUUAAAAGAAUCUAGUAUCGCAGGAAAGUGUAAAGUUUUAGUAGCUGUAGAUGGUUACAAUUCAUUUUGGUCAAAUCAUACUAGAAUACGUAAUGAUGCUAAAGUAUGGAUGAAAUCUCAACAAAUAUCAUUAACUUUGUCAUUUCUAAAUUUUGUAAAAGCUGAUUGGUGUAAUGGAGCUGCUGUUUUGGUAGUAGAUAGUAAAAUAUGCAAGGACCGAAAGGAAUAUGUUAAUCCACGAUUUUUGCUUGGUAAAGAGGGUUUUGAAUUUACAGAUCCUUUUCUACCAAUUUUGGUAGAAAAUUAUAAUAAAACAGAAUUUGAAUCAAUAAUGGAAUAUUACAAUGAUCGAAAGUGGGUAAGAAAUAUAACUUCUGAAGGAUUGGCAGAAAUAUGGGCAUUGACUGCUGGAAAUCCAUGUGAAAUAAUGAAAUUUUGUAGAUCUUUAUAAAAAUAUUACAAAUAAAGUAUGAA